AAUGAGAAUGAAUUUUUUAAUAUUCCAUCUAUGGGAGCAACUAUAAAUUCAAGAUGGCGUCAAGCAAUGAAGUAUUGGGUAGGACCUUUGGGCUUAUACAUAGUAUUUUUAAUUAUAUUUUCAACACUUUCUCAGAUUUAUUUAAGUGAUAAUUUAAAUUAUGGCUUGAAUAUAACUAUGAUAGUGAUUUUUUAUUAUAUUGGAACAUAUCUGUUAUUAAUUGAGUUGAUGCAAAUGGUGAAAUAUAGAAGCAAAUAUUUUACAAUAUUCAAUAUGCUUGACCUGUGUAGCAUUUUUUUAG